AUGCCUUCUCUUCAUUUCAUUCUCCACUUCAUAUUUGCAUUCUUUCUCUUUUCCUGCCCAUCAAAUGCACAGACUAUCAUCGUUGAUAAAGGAGGCAAUGGAAACUUCUCUAGUGUACAAAAAGCCAUUGAUUCUGUUCCUCCAAACACCAACUCCUGGACUCAUAUCUACAUAAAAUCUGGCAUUUACGAAGAAAAAGUUGUAAUCCCUGGAGACAAGCCAUUCAUUUUUCUUCAAGGAGAGAGCAAGGACACAACUUCUAUAGAAUGGGGAGAGAGUGGCAGCUCCACACAAAGUGCUACAUUCACAUUAAAUGCAGACAAUUUUGUUGCUGCAGAUUUAUCAUUUAAGAAUACAUAUAAUCUGGCCCUGUCAGCUGUGCUAGAUGAUCAGAAACCAAUUCUAUGGGCUCCGGCGGCCACAAUUUACGGUGACAAGGCAAGCUUCUACAACUGUAGUUUUUUUGGAGUUCAAGACACUUUAACAGAUGCUCAGGGUCGUCAUUAUUAUAAAUCUUGCUACAUUGAAGGUGCAAUAGAUUUCAUCUGGGGACGAGGCCAAUCAGUAUACGAGGGAUGUGUCUUAAAUGCAACCACAGGAGCUCUUGGAAAAGCUGGGUAUAUUACAGCUCAAGGGAGAGAGAGCUCUAAUGACACUAGUGGGUUUGUGUUUCUCUCGUGCUCUAUCUAUGGAACAGGCCCUGUUGAUUUGGGACGAGCAUACAGACAGUUUUCAAGAGUAGUGUUCAGAAACACUUACAUGUCUGACGUUGUCCAGCCUGAAGGUUGGUCUGCAUGGAGCUUUGUGGGCAAAGAGAAAGAUAUUGUGUAUUCAGAGGUAUCUUGCUCAGGACCAGGGGCAGACAAGUCGAAGCGAGUGAAAUGGGAGAAAAACCUGACAACUGAGGAAUUGAAGCAGUUAGAGGCUAAGAACUUCAUAAAUCAAGAUGGAUGGAUUCAAGGACAACCUCAAGUCAAUUAUUGUAAUCACUUUCCUGGUAUUGUUCAUGGCCAAAUUAAGAAUUUCAAAGACAGUUUGAUCAAACUCUGUAUGCAGGAGCCAGGUAUUAUCAAUGUUGGUACAUAUUUCAGGUGUCUGAACGGAAUCCCAUCAUCUAAAGCAAAUCUGAUGAGGGCAACAGAUAUUUCAGUUACAAGUUUGACAGAGUUGGCAAUGUUGCAAGCUACAAUAAUUGCAAAUGAUGUUUUACAUUUUAAACUUUUAUCAGUGGUCAGUGCAGCAUGGAUGUUUUGCCGGUGGCUGUUGAAUCUAGCAGAUGAACAAAGAAGCCACUUCUCCAAUGAUUCGGAACAUACAAAUCUAAAUUGA